UCAAGAGCGGCGAGUUGCCUCCAGCACAAUCUCCUCACUAUCGCCCCAAUGGUGGAUGGCGAAGUCGCCGAUGCUCGCGUCGUUGCGGAACACCUGCCAGAUGGCAUCGCCAAGGGCGUCAUGCACUUCCAGCCACAGCCGCACCUCCACACGCCUCAGGCCCCGCAUGCCACCGUUGAGCAGAGACGUCAGGCCGCUCCUAACGAGAUCGGCAGCGUCAGCGGGCUCUAACUCAGCGGGGACUGAAUGAGGACACACACACACACACACGCACACAGGGCGGAUGCACACACAAAUGUAUCGACGAACACCUUCCUGCAGUCACUGUAUUCCCGCAUACCUGAUAUGUGUAUCUUUAUGUUGCGAAUCGCUGGGAGGCUGUUCGACCCCCAUCCGUCAAAGAGGCCGCCCUGCGUGAGACUGACCCCCCGGACUGCACCCCAUGGAUAUAAAUUUUCACCCACACAGACCUCGGCCACCUGCCUCCCCGCCCCCAGUGCCUCCAGCACACCCCUCCUGUCCUCUGCGCUCACAUCUAUGCCAAACGCCACCAUCACCUCCGUAGGCAUCUUCUGCGCCAUCAGCCGGCCCGAAGCACCGCCCAGACCGCUGUAGACACGCAGUUGUCUGGCCCUUGGGAAGUGCGGCAGGUGGUUGAUGACGUCGGGGAUGGGCGAGCCGGUGUUAGGAGGGGGGACGAAGCCAUCGGCAUUGUCGACCUUCACGAGCCCCACCUUGUCGAAUGAAAGGCUCGAUGCGAUGUCGACGGCCGCCUGGCUGGGGUUGCCGAUGGGGUGGGUGAGGUCGUGCUGACUGAGCCUGUAGACUACCCUAUGCGCCUGCCGUGCCGCCUCCUGGAUGGCCGUCUUGAUGAAGGGAGAGGGGCGAGGGGGGAAUGUGUCGGCGUAGAAGAGGGACAGCUCGAAGGGGACCCACUCCGCGCCCUUCACAGUGAUGGGCACGUCAGGCGACACGCAGCAGUUGUCGAUCAGGUCAUCGACAGCGAGCAGGGCGGCAAGGGCAGUGGGGCCCGCAAAGGCUGGAACCUGCACGUCGACCCUCUUGAGCGACUUGAGGCACCGCGCGAUGUGAGCACCUCCUACAGAUGAAGAGAGAAGGACACCAUUCGUGUGUCCUUGUCAACCCCUACCAAGACACUAUAGUGUGAUGUGCUUACUUGGAGCCGCGUCACGUUGGUGCCAUGCUCGAUCAGGCCGAUACGCUCCAGUUGUCUGAGCGGCCCUGGCUGCCCAGCGGAUGCGACGGGGAAGGGCUCAAACACAGCCGCCCACUCUUGGCCGGGCCAUAAACGCCCUCGCACUUCUUUCAGCGACCGCGACGACUUGAUGAAAUGGCCCAGCUCGCUGGUACCCCCCUCCUCUUGACCCACACACUCGAGUGCGGGCAUCUUCCAUCCUCUCCUGUUGGACGGCUCCCGUGACGGCCCUGAGGGAGGGGAGGGCUGGGGGCUCGGAGAGGGGAGGGAGGGAAAGCCACCGCCGUCUGCGGCCGGUGGUGCCGUAGGCGGUGGUGGUGCUGCUGCUGAAUUUGAUCGUCUCCAGACUGCCUUCGGCCAUGUACUGCUGGCCCUCCUUCUCGCUCGCCUCGCGCCGCCCGACCGCAUGGCCCUCCACGAUGCUUAUCAUGAUGUCCCGGCACCACAACCGCUCGCAGAAUGGCUGAAGAAGGCUGAGGGCCGUGAGGUUGAUGAGUCGCUUGCCGAGCUGGAAGGCCCCCUCAGGUGUGAUGCUCUCCCAGAAUUGGCGGUCUGCAUCUGUGGUGCAGUCGAUGUCGAUGUGGGUCUGCUGCUGGAAGGCCCCCUUGCGGACUUGCCCCCACUGCUUGCAGAGGCUUGGCAGGGCGGACAGCUUGCGAGGGGUCAUAAAGCUGAACACUGAUGUCAGAUGGUCGUCGCCAAAACCAGCAGGAGCCUGAACCAAAACACAGGACGACGGGAGAGGAAGCCGCAUGAGAAUGGAAGGCGGUCUUUGUGUGUUGUCUGUGGCUGUGUGUGGCUAUGUGUACCUUCUUGCUGUCAUCCCACACCUACACCCACAUGACACCACACACCCAAGCACCAACGACAAGCACCGAGCAGUGCUGUCCGGGCCUUUCUCUUGCGGUGUGUUUGCCUACCAUGGGUGGCUGUGGGUUCGCGUGUGUCAGCACCGUGGCCUCGGUGUGCGGCACCAUCACUUCGAACUCCUCCCGGUGUCCGCCCACCUCCCUCAUGUAUACCGCCGUCCGUCCACUGCUCUCUUCGAUGCGAUAGACGUCGGCCUUGACCCACCUCUGCUUGCCCUUCUCACGCUCGUUGGUCACCGUCUGCACACGACUGCCCUCCCGGUAGCGGCACGGCGCAGCGGAUGCCAUUGCCUAACGAAUCGAACAAUCAAACGAACGAAGGAAUGAGUCAGUGAGUGAUGGUCUGACACGCGGUCUGACACGCGGCAGUGUCUGCCUGUUGCGCCUUGACUCACCUCGCCAUGAGGCAAAGCAGACGAUGAAGCUGAAGCUGAAGAUGAAGAUCCCAU